AAAGAUAUGGCCAACUGUAAAGACCACGUGGGUUUAAAUGAAGAGGCUUAUCGGUUUUUCAAAGUUCAGUCAAACCUUUACUACCACUACGUAUUAACACAAAACACUUUUCUUAGAGCUGGCAAGACAUUUUAUAUUGAUAGCACAUUUAAUAGAAAAAUAUUUGCCGUGGAAACAGACUUGUCAUACCUGACGCUUACCUUUGUUAGUUGUCAUCUACUUGAUAAAAUUACUAAAAGAGGUACAGGAUUUAGAGUAAUCGUUUCCAAACAAGUUACUCCAGCAUGUACUUCUCUCAGUAACUUUGCUGAUGGAACUGAUGAUCGGUUUGAAUACUGUCACAAACCAUCUAUGUCCUUGUCGUCAAUGUCUUAUUUCAAUAUACCAAUUACCAAACGAACUGAGAAAUGGACAGUGAACCGAAAACGUGGUUUCUUUCGCAUCGAUAUAGUCCAAUUUGAUGUCAGAUGUAAUACAGAAACAAAAUUCGCUGUAAAUGAAAAGACAUACUGUAACCUUGACAUGCCGGCCUAUCGUUUUUCUACGUCUUCAAAUCAUAUGACUGUACUUUUUAGAACUGCAAAUCCUAAAGACUCAUUUCGUCUUAUAUACACAAAUAUCUUCGACACCAUACCUGAUACAAUAACCCAAAAGGCUGCAGAUAUUCCAGCUAUACACCGCAGUGUAUUGUCUGAAGCAUAUAUGGCGGAAGAUCACGAACUGAGGGAAAUGUUUCUGAAAGGGUAUCUUGGCACAUACACUGUAUCCAACUUACCACGGUUGCUAUAUAAAGCAUGCUCGGAGAAAUUUAAAAAAUGUUAUAGCAUAUUUUCGAAUUAUGGAACGUGGAAUUUUGCUGGCGGUGAAUGUUGGAUACGGAGACAAAGACUUGUGUCUAUUGGUAGUGAAGAAGAAUUAAAAUUGAUCAAGUAUCUUUUACGAAAUUUCAAACUGUUGUUUGAUACAGACUCCGAGCUUUUCGAAUCAGCAUUCAGACACAACAAGACUGAUUUCUAUAACACUUAUAUAGGACUGCGUCGGAAGGAGAGAGGGAGCGACAAAAACGCAUUCUUUUGGGAGGAUAGAACUCCUGCAACAUUUUCGGCUUGGGCAGCUGGAGAACCAUCAAGUGGGGAUUGCACGAGGAUGGGAUUCUACAAGGCAAAUGUAGACUUUACUUGGGAAACACAUAAUUGUUUAUCAAGGUCUGCUUUCUAUUUCGUAUGUGAGAACGUAUUCGAUAACACUUCCGAAGAAAUUACAGAUCGGUUAUUUUCUACACAAUAUGCCGGAAAUGUCAGCGUUACAGAAUCUGGAAUUACCUGUCAGAGAUGGGACAGUCAGUAUCCACAUAAACACCAUUUUAACAAAGACAUAAUGUUUCCUGAGAAGUCCAUAAGCGAUGCUGAAAACUUUUGCAGAGACCCUUCCGAAUCGCAAAUACUAUGGUGCUUAACUACGAAUCCAUCCGUUGAAUGGGCAGUUUGUCGCUUGAAUGAAUUACAGGAAGACGUUUCACCAGCUGUCUACAGUGGGUAUUUGGAUAAAACAUCUUAUGGAACGAAAUGUAAGAAAUGGGAAAACAAGUCACAUAAUUACUGCCUACAUGCAAACAACUAUUUUGUAAGAGAAUUAUAUCGCUCUUUAUGGUGUUACGCUGAUGUGAAAGGCGAAAUUCGCCCCGUUGUAUGCAAUUUCAAGGAUACAGCAAGUGAUAGGUGUUUGAACGUGUUCCAUUGGUACAGGGGUACUUGGAAUUUUACAGUGUCUGGAGAGGCUUGUCAGAGAUGGGACAUGUUCUAUUCACAAGAAAAGUUCGAUGAGUAUCAGUUUUGUGAUUGUGACCUUGAAGGUGCUUCUAAUUACUGCCGUGAUCCAACAGGAAAAGGUUUCCAAUGGUGUUUUAUUAGAUACCCUGGAACAAUGUGGGAAAUAUGUGCAGUUAACCAUUCAAGUUGGCUAGAAGAAAGUCGUAACAGCGAUACAGCAACAACAUGGAAAUAUUUUGAAUGCGGCGAUGGACAACGAGUAGAUGCUUAUAAACAUUGUAAUGGUGUCAUCGAUUGCAGUGACUUCUCAGACGAAGUAAACUGCACAGCCACAAAUCACCCUCUUCUACAAGACAUUAAAACUGAUGCAUUGGAAACUAACAUCACGGGAACUGACUCUGUAUCACUAUUUCGUUGCACAAAUCAAGAAUUAAUAUCCUUUCUUUCUCGAUGUGACGGUGUGCUGGAUUGUCAAGAUGCCUCCGACGAAAUCAACUGUUCAAAUGUUAUUAAAGACAAUGUAACUUGUGCUGAAGAUCAAUUCAAAUGUGGUGAUGGCAAGUGUAUCCAUGUCAGCUUAGUAUGUAAUGUCAUCAAUGAUUGCAUCGACUUGUCGGAUGAACUAUGUGAUUACCCUCCGUGUUCUCCGGACGAAUACACAUGUGCUAAUGGUCAAUGUAUACAAUUGGCUACACGAUGUAAUGCCUAUCCUGAUUGCUUAGACGGAACAGAUGAGAAUAAUUGUGAAUCGUGCAGUUCUUCUGCGUUUCACUGCGACUACGUAAGGUGUGUUCCUAACAAGGUAUUAUGUGACAAGUAUCCGGAUUGCGUCGAUGGAGCAGAUGAAACGUCGUGUGAUAAAUCAGUUAAGGUUUCUUGCAAGGACUGGUGGGACAACGGUUAUAGGAAAUCAGGAAUAUACACUGUUUAUUCGGCAACUGCAACAAAUGUGUUCUGUGAUUUUGACUCUGUUUGGACACAACACCAAGUACACACACUAUUUCCAAACGUGGAUGUGAUGAAAUGGGAUGGAAAACUGAUCAUUUACUCGGCAUUUAUAGAGGAAACGCCUGCAGAUCUUGCAAUUGACUUUUAUUUCAACACCGACGGUAGAGCGUAUUGUACACAGGAGAUAGUGCAAUCUUGCAAUCCAGUAAUUGAGGCAAUAUCUGCAACUGAUGACCCCGACUACGAACACAUGUAUUCAUACUGCGUUUGUCUUACUGUGACACUGGUAAUUGGCUGGACACCAGAGAUUUCAUCUGUUAAGUAUUGCAACUCUUCUAUACGGGUACCCAAAGAAGACAUUGAUGAUGUUUUGCUGUUCGAAUACAAAUACACGACUUCACAUAGGACUAUCGAAUGGAAAAAUGUGUUGGUGAAUUUCGAGAACAUACAUUUGAAAAUUGGCAAUAUUACUUGCAAAGAAGAGUUACACGUUGAUCGAGAACUACCAGUCGGUUGUGCUGGAGGUACGAAUGUGUAUGAUGCUUCUGUAAGAUGUUUGUACGAUGUAGACAGUACUGGAUUCAUCAAGGGAUGCAGAUCUGGCUCUCAUUUGCAAAGUUGCGAUGUAAUUGAAUGUCCAAAAGAAACAGUAAAAUGCCCGGACAGUUAUUGUUUACCACUGAAAUUCUUAUGUGAUGGGGUUGAACAUUGUCCUAACGCAGAAGAUGAAUUUGGGUGCGGUUGUGAAGAUGAAGAAAAAGAAGUCCUUAUUGUACAUGAAAAGGAUGCAGUAAGAGGCCCGGAUUUUGCAAAAUUGGUCAAACAACUACAUACACCGAAGAGUAUUUUAAGAAGUAUAGAGUAUUCGUCGUUGCAGUUAUCUGUUGGAAUCCCUUUCCUGCAUCGACUUCUGAAGAUAAAGGACAAAGAAAUGAAAGCGUUUGAACUUACCGAUAGAAAUUUCGAAUGUGAAUACAACCUUCUUGCCAAUGAGUUUUUGAAGACAAUUAAAUUUACAAAACUGAAGAAGGCGAUUUUAUUUAUCCAGAGUAGCCCAGAAUCGGAGCUAAUAGCAAAGCUGAUGUUUGAAAACAUGACAGAAAUGAUACGUGAAUUCACCGUAUAUCGUGCAAUAGAAUCCCCUUCCUCGGUAUUUAAAGAUCUUGAAUUAUUUCCCUUUGUUAUGGAUGUGGUAGUAAAGGAUUGGAAUGUUUUGUCUUCGUUAGCAUCUCGUUAUCUACCAGACAUAUGUAGAGAGGCGUUUUCAACCACGUGUCCAGGGUUUUACAAGUGCUCCUCGAGUAAGAUGUGCAUAACACGUGGUCAAAUUUGUGAUGGUAUCGUAGACUGUAUACAUGGAGACGACGAGUUACUUUGUGAUUUUGUUUGCCCCAAGCAGUGCAUUUGUAGAGGUUUUGAAAUGACAUGUAAUGUUCUUAAUGAAACUGGUAUAAGAACAUUUCCGAAACGGACACGCUCAUUAACACUAAGUAAAGUUGGUGAAAUGGAGACUUCGUUGAGCAAGGAUGAAUUAGAUUUUCCUUUUUUAUAUCUACUGAAUUUCAGCAGUUGUAAAAUAAAAGAUAUACAGUCAAAUACUUUUUCAAAGUUGAUCAAUUUAAGGGUUCUAGACCUCAGCAACAAUUUAAUAACGAAGUUAUCACCCCUUGUAUUCAGUGGAUUACAGCGCCUUCAUACGUUGAUGCUUGACGGAAACAGUAAUUUAGCCAGUUUGGAAUCCUUUACUUUUCAGUAUCUGAAGUCAGUGAAAAUUUUAAAAAUAGCAGCCACUAAACUGAUAACUGUUGUCUCUAAUACAUUUGCUGGUCUUAACCUUGAACUCCUUGAUUUGCAGAACAAUAAUUUCCAAUACAUUGAAGAGUUUGGGUUAGGAAACCUCGCAGUGGAGCAUAUAUCGUUUGAAAAGAAUAUAAUUUCUUCUUUUGACAAAGGGAUGUUUACCGGUGUAUCAGGCUUGAAAACUUUGCAGACACCAGCGUACAAAUAUUGUUGUGUAAGACCAAGCUAUGUGCCCGAAGAGAGCUGUUUUCCUCAAAAGGAUGAGUUUUCGUCUUGCGAAGAUCUCAUGCGAAUUUCAGUGUUGCAGACGAUGCUUUGGUUGAUAGGUUUAUGUGCCCUGCUUGGAAAUACUUUAUCAUUUAUCUAUCGUUUGAAGUUCGACAGAGAACGCUUGAAGCUUGGUUAUGGUAUAUUUGUCACAAACCUGGCAGUAGCAGAUUUUUUGAUGGGCAUAUAUUUGAUCAUCAUAGCUGUGGCAGAUGCCGUAUUUAGAAAGCGGUACAUUUUUAUGGACGACUACUGGCGGAACAGCAUAUGGUGUACCCUCGCAGGAGUUCUUUCUACCCUGUCCUCCGAAGCAAGCGUUAUAUUCAUAUGCCUGAUUACGUUAGAUAGACUGCUUGUCAUCAAAUAUCCUUUUGGUCAAGUUCGAUUUAAUACGAAAAAAGCAGCGGUAUUUUCCGUGGCGACAUGGAUCCUUUGUUUAAUAAUUUCGUUGUUUCCACUUAUGUAUACGGCUUAUUUUCGAGAUUCGUUCUAUAAUAAGUCAGGUGUAUGCAUCGCUUUGCCACUAACUAGAGAUCGACCGCCCGGCUGGCUAUAUUCGGUUUUGAUAUUUGUUCUGUUCAAUUUCAUAACGUUUCUCCUUAUUGCGAUUGGACAGUGGUCUGUCUAUAUGGAUAUUCGAACCUCUGGCAAACGUGUGACAAAAGCUAUGUCAGGAAGGAGGAGAGACUUGGUGGUAGCCAAAAAUUUGCUCCUGGUCGUUACUACAGAUUUCCUUUGCUGGUUUCCAAUCGGAUGCAUUGGACUAAUGGCUAUGUCUGGACAUGUAAUAUCCGGAGAUGUGUACGCAUGGGCUGCUGUAUUUAUCCUGCCCGUAAAUUCGGCAUUGAAUCCCAUGCUCUACACACUGACCGCUAUUCUGGGCAAAAAGAACUUUAUGCCAAGAACUGAUGAACAAGCUAAGAAAAAACUUAAAACUGCCCUUGGGAAAAGAUUUCUGAUCAACAAGUGUAUCGUUAUGCGACGAUUUUAUGUCGAAGACUCGUCAUCUGAGAAUGUAUACAAAAGUUUGGCAGAAAUUCUUGCGGGACCAGAACGUUUACCACUCGAUGUUGUUUUGAAAAUCUCCUACCAGCUGGCACAGACUCUACAGGUUCUGCACAGCAACUCGCUGAUGUUAGGAAAAAUUGAGGAACAAUCACUUUAUAUAAAGAUUGCCGGAAACAAGAUACAAGGAGAUGUUCAACUGCACCAGGAACCAAACCUUUGCAGACAACCUACCGACACAUCUAACGACAUGUAUAAAUUUGGACUGCUAAUGCGUACAUUAUUGCGUAAAAGCCUGUCAAACAAAGCUGAUUAGACAAAACUAUACAGAAAACAUGCACAACGUACAUGUAUGAUAACAGUUAAAAAUUCAGCUUACUCGUACUGAAUGGUCCAAGCUAGAAUGUAGAAAAGUACGCUUAGACUGUAAACUGUAAAACAUUUACUAGUAUGUAAGGAACACACAUCCUUGAUUUCUUGCGUUUUGUUAUAUACUAGUAUUUGAUAUUAUGGAUAUUGUGCAAAAUAUAUGUUGUAAGUACUUCAAUAUUGUAUUGUAUAGCAAAAUGGAAUGUGUUCUUUUUUAUGUACCUUAGGAAAAGAUGUUUUGUUCAUUUGGUACAUGCAAUAACCAAGACAUGGUUGAACCUCAUUAUGUGCUUACAUAAUAACUUUUUGGAUUGCUAGUGUGUACAUUAACACGUAAACAAUUGUCAAAUAAAGUCGGUUAGAUAAAAAAUUGUACAGAAGGCAUGCAGCACGUAAAUGUAUAUGAUAACUGUUUAAAAUUCAGCUUACUCAUUCUGAAUAGUCCAAGCUGGAAGUUAGCGCUAGAAUGUAAACAAGUACGCCUUGUAAACUGUAAUACAUUCAUGUUAGGAACACACACCCUUGAUUACUUGCGUUUUGUUAUAUACUAGUAUUUGAUAUUAUGGAUAUUGUGCAAAAUGUAUGUUGUGAGUACUUCAAUAUUGUAAUGUAUAGUAAAAUGGAAUGUGUGCUUUUUAUGUACCUUAGGGAAAGAUGUUUUGUUUAUUUGGAAUAUACAAUAACCAAGAUAUGGUUGAACCUUAUUAAGACUAUCAAACAAAGCUGGUUAAAUAAAUAAAAUAUACAGAAUAAAUGCACAAUAAAAAUAUUUGAUAACAGUUUGAAAUUUUAGCUUACUCAUACUGAAUAGUUAGCGCUAGAAUGUAAAAAGUACGCUUGGACUGUUAACUGUAAAACAUUUAUGUUAGGAACACACACGCUUGAUUUCUUGCGCUUUGUUAUAUACUAGUACUUAAUACUUGCAUGUAUAUGGAUAUUGUGCAAAAUGUAUGUUUUGAGUAUUUCAAUAUUGUAAUGUAAAGUAAAAUGGAAUGUGUUCUUUUUAGUGAGUUGGGUUUUAUGGCGAAUCGACACAAAAUGGACAAAUAUCGCCGAAUGGUGUCUUAUAGUCUAGUCCGAUUUUGCAGAUAUAAGCUUAUUUAAGAAGUUACAAGCAUUUUGUUAGUAUUUGGUCCAACAUACUUUUUUAACAUAUUUUGGGUAUGCUGAAUCCAAAAAUAUAUGUUGGCCAUCUGGCAAAUACCUCUGAAAGGGUAAAAAAUGGGGGCAAAAAUGACCACUAUUUUUAACAAAAACUUUUCCUUUGAUAUUACUUUAUAAUACAAAUCUUUAUCUUUAGAUAUGUUUCAACAAAUUAUUUCAUGUAAUUAGUAUAAUUGAAUAAAUAUUUAUCAAUAAAAUAUGUCAAAAGUUAAAAAUGUGAAUUUUAUGGGGUUCCAAAAGGGGAAUUCGAAGACAAUUAAAAAAAAAUAAAUAUCGAACUUCAUUUAUGGAACAGAGAAAUAAGACUAAGUAUUAGAUUGUAAACUUCCGCUGGAAUUUUAAUGUCAAAAAGAAAUUUUUUUUUGAUGAAAUCAUUUUGCAGUUUUAAAAUUGUCAUUUAAGAAAAACAACAACGGGGAAGCUAAAACUUAAUUAACAUGACAAUUUGUCUGUAAUGAACAGAAUAUCAUGUAGAACUUAUUUUAUCCUGGUGAGAUCAUUUUAUUUAAUAAUCAACAUUUUAAUACCUUAGCAUCAUAAUAAUUGGUGAAAAUUAAGUGUGACAUGGAUUAAGAUUAAGGCUAAUUCAUGUUAACAUAAUUAGUAUAAACGAUACAGGUCUCUAUCACAAUAACAAUCUGAGUCAAAUCAGGUUUUUGUUUAAGUCCUCAUAUAAACUAUUUGGAGUGUUAUACCUGUUAUUCAGUGUACAUUAACCCUGACAAGAACACACUCUUUCAUGACCAUUAAGGUUUUAGAGGUGUCAAGAAUACUUCAUGGAAUCAGGUUUUCUAAGGAUUUUUUAUAGGUAGGACAGAUUUACAUGUAUAUUUUAUUUCUAAGAGUUUUUAGAGAAUAUACUUCGUUAUAUUUUAAGAUUUUGUGAAAUUGUAUUCAUUUUAACUUUCAGUAUCUGUGAUAAGUUUAUUUAUAGUCAAGUCAAGUUAUUUAAAGAUAGCUUUUUAUAUGCUAUAAUUGCUUGUGAAUGAUAUAAUAUCAUUUUGUUUUCAUAUGUGUUAAAAUAUUCCGAAGUAAGAAUGGACAAGACUUUGCAUCUCAAGAGACCAUUUCAAGAUAGCAUAGAAUAGUGCAUCAUUUGUCAGGAAGCAAAAUCUGUCAAAACUUGGAACUAAACAGCUUCAAGGCAUAACAUCUCUAAAAGAGCGUGCUGAAUCAAGAUUUUUUAUAGAGAUUUUUUUCUAAAUAUGAAGCCAUUAUUAGAAUUAAAAAAAAAAAUAGCUGAAAAUGACGAAAUACAUUGCCAUAGAAAGUGUUAUUCUAAUUUUGUCCACGAAGAACUAAUACAUACUAUUCAGUCAAAGCUAAGUUUAAUAUAGGACAAACUUCAGAUAAAGCUACAUCCUCAUCAAACUUAUCAUAUACUUCUACUAAAUUGGGCAAUGUGUAUGUUCUGUCAAGACAAAAAAAAAAACAGAAAAAAAAAAAACAACAUGAAAAACUCUUUAACAUAACUUGUCAGUGAUAGUAUUUUGAAGGAUUCUAAACAUGACUACACAAUGCGAUUAUGACUCUCCGAUGUCAAUGGAUGGCAAAUAUCAUGAGAAAGUUUAAAUUCUUUUCGAUACGGAGUUCGCAAAACCAAGUCGGGACAACUCAAAUACAGAUAUUGCCAUGAUCUUUCUUAUACAUGAACAUGGGUAUGCUGCAAUGAAAUCGCAAAUAAUGCAGCUUUCAGACAGUUGGAACAGAUACUCAGCAUACGUACUGUAGAGACUUCUUCAACAAUUCUUUGUCAUUUAAUUCUAGAAUAUCAUCUCUCAAAAAAGCCCUACAACGUAAACUGAGAAACCAGUUUUAAUUUGUAACUCCACUACAUAUAUCUUUUGAUGAAAGGAAUACACUUCUUGUUCCAUCUGAAUGUGCUGCGUCAAUGCUAAGAGAUGCUCAUUAUAAUACUACUGGUAAUAGUGAUGAACGGCUGACAAAAACAGAAAUAUAAGUCCAGUGACGACUUCUUCGACAUUAGCACUUAAAUUAAGGGUUGAUUUGUUAUCUCUGGAAGGACAUCCUGGACUGAGUGUGACUGAAAAUGAUUCAGUAAACUGUGUUCCGGAGUGUCUGUUCAUGUUUCUGAAUUUAACGUAUGGUGGACAAGAGCUUCUAGAUGAAGAAUUUGACCAUAAAGAUCCUGAACCUGAUAGGUAAACAAAACUUUUAAGUGUAGUUGUUUAUGGACUGAGUGAUUGUAAAAAAUGGACUCCUAAACACAUAGGUGUUGCAAGUACAUUGCACUAGAUGACUAGGUUAAAACAUUUAGUAAACCUAUUUCAUAGUGCAGGACACACAUUGAGCUGCAGAGACAUACUAAUAGUAGGCACAUCUUUAACUGAAAAAAAACCUGGAAUCAAUGGAUCCUGAAACUUGUCAUGUUAUUCCGCUGACACUUACUGAGAAUGAGAUAUCGACACAUUAAACACUGUUGUUCAAAAGUGUAUGCAUAUAUCAGAAAGGCUGGGACAGUCACAUUCAGUUAUAACUGUUGACCAGGCUCUUUACUUUAAGCUUUUGGAUUUGAAAUGGGCAGUGACAUAGAAUGGGUGGUUGGCAAAUAUCAAUGAAUUACUUGAAAUCUAGUGUAACUUUUUAGCACUUCCUACAAAUAAAAUUGACAUAGUAGAUUUUUAUCAGAAGCUGAUCAUGUAAUCGCCUACAGAUAAGACGUUGGUUGUUUGCGUCGGCUUUUAGGAAGAAGAAACUGUUGAAAACACUCAUUGAACUUCAUUUGAAUGAAUUAAAGGCUAAACUUAAGGAAGCUGACACAAGAAUCAUUCUUCAUGCUGUUCACUGCAGUAAACUAUCAAAUUGUAACACUGUUGUUGUUUCUGCCAGAGAUACUGCCAGAGAUACUGAAGUAUUUGCUCUUACUAUGCCAGUUGCAGGAAACAAAUGCAACAGUAUUGAUGAUGAUUGGAACAGUGAAAAAACGAAAAUACAUUCAAGUCAACACAAUAUUAAAGAAAUCCUCAAUAACUGAAGAGUUGCGUAGAAAUUUCCUAUCUUUUCAUGCACACACUGGCUGAGACACAACAUCAGAUUUCUGUGGAAUCUCUAAAGAUCUGUAUUUAAAGUGCUUACAGUCAGUGCAAAACUGAUAGAAGGUCUUGGAUAUGGACAACUGCCUGAUGAAGUAAUGAAAAACUGUGAAUAUUUUAUUUGCAAAAUGUAUGGCCAAGAUGCUAUAAGUACUGACAGUGUUCAAAAUGUUAUGUUUGGCAGGUCUACAAGUCCUGAACACAUACCCCCAACCAGUGAUUGCUUGAUUAUCAAGUGCUGGCAUAGAACCAAUCAACUGUUCUCAUUGCAGACCUGCCUGCACCUUCUGACAUGGGAUGGAAGGUGGCAGAUGACACACUUAAGCCAGUUCUUCUUACACGUGAUCCAAUUCUCCAAGCUUGUAUUGAGUUCACUGCUUGCAAGUAUACACCUAGAUGUAGGACCCUCAGAUGUAUUAAUGUAAAAAGAUAUAAAUUAUGUAUAUGCGAUAAAGCAUUACCAGCUGUAUGAACUCGAGGCAGUAAAUUAACAUGAAAUGGGACUGGGAAAGCAAAUAUUUCAAUCUAUAUUAUUUUGAAACAAUUAUAUGAUAAACAGUUUAUGGAUUUAUCUUCUGUCCUGUAAACUGAUUCCAAAUAUUAAAUUAGUGUACUGUAUUUAGCAAUAGCUUUGCAAUUAUAACCAAGGUGAAACAUUUGAUAAUCAUCUUUUUGGCAAAAUAGUCAAGUUAUAGUGGGCUUUUAAAUGCUAGCUUUUUUUCUCCUAAUGGAACACACAUUUGGAUUAAAAAUUAAUUUUUCUUUGAAAAAGUGUUGUUAAAUUAAUCUGUUACUAUGUUACACAUAACUUUGAUAAAGAACCCCACAUAUUUUUGGAUACUUGUAAUACUAUUACAUAUUUAUAUUAGAAAUAUCUUAAUUUGGCGGCCAUUUUGUUUUCCGCCAUUUUGACCUACAAAAUUUAUUUGUCAGAUGGCCAACAUGUAUUUUUGAAUUCAGCAUACCCAAAUUAUACUAAAAAAGUAUAUGAGACCAAAUACUAACAAAAUGCCUGUACCUCUCACAUUUAUUGAAAUCUGGACUAGACUAUUAGGAAAAGAUUUUUAUAGACAUGGUGGAAUCUCAUUAUCUGCUUACAUAAUAACAUUUUUUAACAAACCUUAACAACAAUACUGCUAGGUAUAGCAGUGGCGAAACAACAUCUGGAAGUCAAGCCAUCACGUUUAUUUGUAUUUUAUGACUUGAAAAAAAAAAAAAAAAAUAACAUGUUUAUAAUACUAUGAUUCAAGUAACUAGAUAUUAAAUGUUGUUUUGGUAAAAAUGACUUGUUUUAUUUCUUAUGAAAAGACUCUUCUUUUACAUAGUUUGUAACUCGAGUGACAUGUCACUUAAGCUUGUUUAAUUAUUUAUUAUAGAAAACCUCCUCUUUUAUGACACUUGAAAUUGAAAUAAACAUCCAGGUGACAAUACCCGGAGGAAAUAAAUAUCAUCGCAAUACCGAUCACCCGCUACCAAUACCAUAUUGCUGUUGUCUCCCCUGAUAUCGAUUUUCUGCCAUAUCAAU